AUGUUGUCCAAGCUGACACCGUGGCCGACGUCUUACAGAUUCCAACCUCGCUCUCAGCCGGCCCUUCGACGGCGCAGAGCACUCCUCCAGCGCCUCUUCAUAGUUGGCGCCAUCUCGAUAUGCGUCUUGCUCUUCCUCUUCCCGUCAUGGCGGCCCACGCUGAUAGGGACCGCCUCCCUCGGCCUCUUCUCGGCUGCAGACGACUUUCAGCUUGAAACAGUACGAUAUUAUGACCUCUCUAACGUCGAGGGUACGCCCAGAGGGUGGGAGCGAGAGGAGCGUGUCCUUCUCUGCACACCCUUGCGAGACGCCGCUCCCCAUCUGCCCAUGUUCUUCUCGCAUCUACGGAACUUCACCUACCCCCACCACCUGAUAGACCUGGCCUUUUUGGUCUCGGACUCGAAAGACGACACCUCCGGUCUUCUCAGCAGGUUGCUGGAAGAGUUGCAGAACGAUCCGGAUCCAAAGCAGCCGUAUGGCGAGAUUUCAGUUAUCGAGAAGGAUUUCGGUCAGGUGGUGAACCAGGACGUCGAGAGUAGACACGGUUUUGCGGCACAGGCUUCUCGACGAAAGCUGAUGGCCCAGGCGAGAAAUUGGCUGCUUAGUGCUACUCUUCGUCCGACGCACAGCUGGGUCUACUGGAGAGAUGCCGAUGUCGAGACGGCUCCGUUUACGAUUCUGGAGGAUCUGAUGCGACAUAACAAGGACGUCAUCGUUCCAAACGUCUGGCGACCACUCCCCGACUGGCUUGGUGGCGAACAGCCCUACGACUUGAAUUCCUGGCAGGAGUCAGAGACGGCUCUGGCUCUAGCUGACACCUUGGACGAAGACGCCGUCAUCGUCGAAGGAUACGCAGAGUACGCCACCUGGAGGCCUCAUUUGGCAUAUCUCAGAGAUCCCUUCGGUGACCCUGACAUGGAGAUGGAGAUUGAUGGUGUUGGUGGUGUCAGUAUCCUGGCCAAGGCUAAGGUGUUCCGUGCCGGUGUCCACUUCCCUGCAUUCUCCUUCGAGAAGCACGCCGAAACAGAAGCGUUUGGAAAGAUGUCCAAGCGUAUGAAGUUCUCGGUGGUCGGCCUCCCCCACUACACAAUCUGGCAUCUUUACGAGCCUAGUGUCGACGAUCUCCGACACAUGAAAGAAAUGGAGAAGGAGCGCAAACUACGGGAAGCAGAGGAGAAAGAAAAGAAAGAAAAAGCCAAGAAGAUUAAAGAACAGUUUAAGGAUGCUAGCGUGGAGUCCGAAAAGGACAGCGUUGCCGUACAUGAUAUCAUGCAGAAGGAUAAGAACCAACAGGAACUGAAGGACAAGGAGGCCAAGGAGAAGGCAGCCAAGGAAAAAGCAGCCAAAGAGAAAGAGGCCAAGGACAAGGCCAAGCUAGAGACUACGGAUGACGAGCCUCAGGGCAAGGCUGAGAAACCAGAGAAAAAGACACAACUCCUGCCGCCCAAGGAACAGAAAUCAGACGACACCAAAGGUAGCACAGACAAACUAAAGGAGAAAGGGAAGGACGAUACGAAGAAAGGAGAAGCUCCCGCUGCUGCAGCAAACGCGAAGGAUAAUAAGAAGAAGCCCGCCCAAUGA